GUUUGAUCAGCACCUUUCACUCCAGUUCACUUCACACACACACCCUCAGCCAUGGUUCCCCUCGAGGUUCCCCCCGGCCAGGCGAAGGCGACGCGACAGCCGCACCCCAGUCGCUGGUUCGCGGUUCGUCUGGCAUUGGAGUUGUUGCCAGGAUGAGCGAGCCACGUGACGAAUCCAAAUUAGACAUUUUUAGGGGUUGCUGUGCAAGAGAAGGCAGGGGAACAACCGUAUUUGGGCGUCAAAAGCGGCGAACUAUCAUUCUUAAUGAAGACAUGCAUCCUGAUCCCUGACCCGCCAUCAAGAAGCAGAUUUAUGAAUGGAGUGUUGGAAGGAAGCUGAGGGGCUUUUGUCCGUUUAUGAUCCCUACGGCCUACAGACCGUAGGACACAGCACCGCGCGGUACAGCACUAGCGAUUAACAACUGUUGUGUGAGCCCGUAUUUUCGUCCUGCGCUCACUCAUUGCCAGCAUCACACGCGCCCUCCCCUUCUCUGGUCCAAUACUUCUGUUGCUGUGUACAUAUGAGCGAGCUGUGUACGAGCUGUGUUCGAAUGAUAAGAUUGCUGUUUGGUAACUGUCUCGGCCUAGUAGGCGAGGAUUCUACAGUACUCCCAACACACAGACCUGUGCCGUUCAUAGGUUAUUGCACGAGUGCAGCCUUGACGGAGGAGCGGCGAUAAGCGACACGGUUUUCCAGUACUGGCAAAGGAGGUACCAAGAAAGAGCGUCGCCGUCUCACGGCCGUAACAGUUUCUGAGUGGCUCCGAGUGCUGAGAGCAAUCGUAGCCCGCGAAAGCGGUGUGUUUCUGGAAAGCGGAUUGAGUCCGUUUCCAUUGCUCCGAUUCUCCGAAUAAGCACGUCAAGCCGAGCCAUCCGCGGCUUAGAGAUUCGGUCGAGUUGAGGCAUCCGAGCGUUGCCCUCAGCAAUGGAGAGUUCUCAUUGGACCUGGAAUUCCGAGACCGGCUGGAGUAGCCGACGCGAUUCGCCUAAACCGCUCACUCCGCCACAUCUCCACCCUCCGCACGCCGAACCGACGGCCGCGGUGCACUCUGCUCCCGCUGCCCCCGAACGGUCCACAGAGGGGACCGCACCGCACGACGACGCUUCGAAGAGAGCUUUCCCCGAGGCACAGAACCCGAACCCCACGUUCGACCUAUUAGCGCAGCCGUUAGUCCGGUCUCUGGUCUCCCCGCCCUCUCACACUCAAGAAGCGGCGUCCCUAGAACCGUUCUCAGCCCCUUGCUCCCGCGAACCAGCACCGUUUUCAGCACCGUCUCUGCGAAGACCGUCCGUAGUAGGGCCGUUCUCAGGGCGCGGGACUCCGGGCUCGCAGUGUCAACCUUCGGGGAUUAGGCUGGGGUCAGGUCCUUCUUCUCAAGUACCGUUUUCGGUACCGUCCCCAAAAGGACCGCCCCCAGGGCUUUUGUCAGGGCAAUCCUCAGGUUCGCAGUUUCCACCUGCGGGAAAUAGACUAGGGUCGUCCGAUGCCGCCGGUUCUCAAACCGCUAGAGGGGGGACCACAGCAGCAGCUGACGUGGCGUCUUCUGACGCGGCGCCUUCCUGGCCAAUGGGUGAACCCGCCGCUAUGCCUUGGAAUAAUCCGCCUCCUUUCGGCCCUAUCACGGGAGUUCAGCCGCAACGCCUCGCCGCAGCGCACGCCGUUAUGCCGCAUACGGCUUCGGGAAACACCGCUUUUCUGGCGGGUGAAUCGAACCGGGAACCCCCGUACCAGUAUCUUAACGCGUGGAUGCCUCUCGUCGAGCAGAGCGGGAAUCGCGGGCGGGAUGGUAGCGCAAGUCGCUUGAGGGGUAGCAGCGGCGCCCCGCAAGGGCAGCGGAUAGGAGUGGACUCGAGCAGCCUGGGCGCCAGCGGCGGAAGCAACGUGGUUCCCCGUGCGACCUGCCGGCUGCUUCCGCUCUUCCCUCUUUCAGCCCCCCCCGCAGCUACCACGGGCGCGGCGUCUGCGGAAGCCCCUGACGCGCUGACCACCCCCGAGGCGCAAGGGGGAAUCCCGCCGGGCUGGGAGGAAUGGGCGGCGAUGGCGCUGAUGGCACGAAUGGCGGAAAUCGCUGGGGGAGUUGGCGGAACGCCCGGAUUCCCCGCCGUUCCAGCGCAACCGCAGCUUCUGUCGCCUUCGUCGGCGCGCGGAAGCGGAGUGGCGACGGAUGAGGGCGCGCGGAACGUGCAACGGCGGCGGAGUGGGCGGAGAGGCGGCGGAGAGCGCUACGACCUGUGGCAAGGCCCGGCGCUUUUUACUGGGUCUGCGACCGCCUCCGCUUCUGCCGCCGUUUCCGCUUCCGCUUCCGCUGCCGCUUUGGCUUCUGCUUCCGCUUGCGCCGCUGUUGCCGCUCCCAGUCAGGAGCAAGGGCCGAACUUUAGGUUGCUACGACGGGAGAGUUGGGAAGGCGCGAGAAUCGGGGAAAGGAGGAGCGGGGAGGAGCGGGAGGGAUUGGAAACGACGCGGUCGCUCAAGUGCUCAGUCCGGGAAACGGUACGAGAGGAUGGCGUAGUAAGGCGGAGCCAGUCAGUUGGUAGGGGUAACGCGGCGUUAGUUCAUCCGCCUCAAAGGUUGGUAAGGAGUUCCAGCCAGGCGGUUAGGGUAUCAAACGACGCGCCUCAACAAGUCUUGAAGAGCCCCAGUGUGCCGGUUGCUACCAGAGCGGUAGGCAGCCCGAGUGCGUCGGCGAUUGCAGAGCGGAGCGCGGGGAGAGGUGCGGACGCGGAUGUGCGGUUAAAAGGGAGCGAGUUCAAGACUCCGCAGUCAGGGUCAAGGUCAGGAUCUCUUGGCCAACGAGGUUCGGCGGGUUUGGGAGGUUCGGCGGGACUGGGAGGUUCGGCGGGUCUGGGAGGGUCAGCGGGACUGGGAGGCUCGGGAGGACGUUCAGGGUCACUUGGAAGAGGGGGGUCCGCGGGAAGAGGAGACCUUGCGGGGCGAGAUGGCGGGGCGGGGGGCAGUGGGAGCUUCAGCAGCAGGGGGAAUCUGCGGGGGAGUGCGAGCAGCGGUGGCAGGGGGAACUUUGGCGGGGUUGCGAGGAGCGGGAGAGGUAUGGGGGAUUACGGUCUGUCGUAUGCGGUUGAGGGCGGUAGGGGGGAUGGUCGCAUGGGCGGAAGGGCGCAGGCGGAAGGGGAUGGGCAUGGGCGCGCGGGCGUGUGGGGGAACGUUUGGGGAGGGGAAGGGGGGCGAGCGCAAGCAGAUGGAAGUACAGAGCGCGGAAGCGGGGAGCUUGGGGAACGCGGAGAGCUUGGGGGAAGGAGGGAGGCUGGUAGGAUCAGAAGCAAGGAGGGUGCUGCAAAGAGAAAGGCUGAGGGGGGGAGUUUCCAGGGAGACGGAACAGACGGUACAGGCAGAGCGUUAGCGUCGCCAAGGGAACCCUCUAGAGAGCUGGAGUCGCCAAGGGAACCCUCUAGCAAGAGGCCGGCCAGAAUGGGCCGGUUACAGGUGCCUGUGUCGUGCGGGUGGGAGGAAUUCGGAGUGGAAACCGAGGGCGAGGAAUUAGGGUUAGCAGGGGGAGGGGUUGGUCCUGCGGGUGGAAGGUGGUCCAGUGCGGUAGGGACCGAUGCUGGUGGAACGAGGAUUGGUGGAGGGACUGGAUCUGGUGGUGGUUGCGAGAGGGCUGGGUCGAGAGACUUCUUCUCGUCCUCCUCCCUGCAUGCCCACCCGUCUCCCCGUGAUCGGGACUUGGUUCGUACCUCGCCAGGUAUGGGUGGGGGUGGGGGAAAGAAGGGUGGGAGCGAGGAGAGGGAGAAGCGGGGGAGUAGGGACCCGUUGGGUGGAUCCAGGGAGACGAGCGGGAGUGGGAAGCGGGAGGAGAGUGGAAGCAGAACGGGAGGAAAGGAGGAGGGUGCAAGUGGGAAAAGGGGGAAGGGUGGGAGUGGGGAGGAGACAGGAGGCGAGUGGGACGCGUUUGUGCUUGAGAUGGCGCGUGGUGCGUCUCUCCCGUGGUCCGACGCAUCUGCUCCUGUCUUGCAUGCCUCUGCUCCUCGCGUGCGUGCCUCUCCUCAGGCAAGCGCAGGCAAAGCAGUGUCGCCAGCAGCAGCAAGAGCAGCGUCAGUCCCUGGUGCUGGUGCUAGUGCUGCUCCUGCUGCUGCCGCGUCCCCUGUGGUGUCUGUACCUGCAGCUGUACCUGUAGGUGCAAGUGCUGCAGCUGCAGGGGCUGGUGGUGGGAGUGUGGCUGCUGCGCAAUUUAAGAGCCCCGCUGCUGCUGAUGCGCUGGUCACUCCUACCCCGGCCUCGCCUGUGGCUACCCUCCCCACUGCUGCCACUAUGAAAUUUGACAUGCGUCGUCCUGCUGGCGACCCUUCCCCAGCUGACCGGCCCCCACACAGACCUGAUCCUGACCAUGCUGUGUGCAGACCAGUGGGCUCACAAGCAGACUUGGCGCCUCAUCAGAGGAAGGCUCUUGGCGGGUCGUUUGGUGGCUGGGUCAGGGCUGUGAGCCAACCCAGGGCAGCCAGUCAGCCCAGGGCAGUGAGCCAGCCCAGGGCAAUCAGUCAGCCAAGAGCAGUGAGCCAGCCACCUAUCCACAAGGGACUUGAAACGCCCAAGCAUGCUCCUGCUGGUGCUACAGCAGGCUCCUUCGCUGAGGCAGGUGUAAAGCGGCUCAAACUUGCAGAAGCCAGGAUGGAAGAGGCAAAGAGAACGAGUCAAGACAAGGGCUCAGAGGGUAGGGUUGCUCUGCCUGCAAUGGCCGCAAGACUUGGUGAGAUGGGUCAGUGCUGUGGUGAGAUGCUGCAAGAGCAGGUACAGACUGGUGCCUUCGCCGCUGAUCCUGAUGCCCGGGGUGAGGCUGCUGCGGGUGCACAAGCUGCUGUGGCAACGCUGCAGGCAGCAACGCAAGCAGCGCCAAAAGUUGAGGCUGCAGCUGGUGGUGGUUUUGGUGCUGAAUGCCCUAUUGCUGCUGCCAGUGAUGCUGCUGCUGCUGAUCCUGCUGCUGCUGCUGCUGAUCCUGCUUCUGCUGCUGCUGCUGCUGGGUGCCUAGCGGGUGCCCAUUUUGCAGCACUGCCUGUGUUUCCCCCUUCUUUGACGGACGCCAAUGAAUCCAAUAAGCCUAACCAGGCCAUAGCACCCGUUGCACCUGCUGCACCUGCUGCUCCUGCAGUGGCCGCUGCCUCUCGUGCUAUGCCUGCUGGCCCAUCCAGUCCUGAUUCUGCAGCGCCAGCAGCAGCAGCAGCACCAGCAGCUGGCACCGCUUCUGUUGCCUCUGCACCGCUUGCUCCCGCACCUGUUGCUGCCACCUUAGCUGUUCCUGCCCCACCUCCUGCCGCCGGACCAAUUACUGCUGCUGCUGCUGCUGCUGCUCCUCCUGCUCCUGCUCCUGCUCCUACUGCUGCUGCACGUCACCCAAGACUCAGACCAGAGCUGAUACAGGUGCCAGCAGGCAACAGCAGUGGUGGAGGUAAUGGGGGGUCAGACGACCAAGCACUGGCAGUGGCAGCCGCACUUGUUACCACUGCACCUGCUGCAGCGACUCCUGUCUCCCCCGCACCUGCUGUUGCUGCGGCUGCUGCUGCUGCUACAAAUGCUGCACGUCGCCCUAGGCCCAGGCCAGAGCCCAUAGAGGUGCCAGCUGGGAACGCCAGUCACGGGGGCAGUGGGGGGUCAGACGAGCACGCUCUGGGCGUGGCAGCGGCAGCAGCAGAGUCAGAGGACCAGCUCUCUGUUCCGGGGCCCCUGGCCCUGACAGGUGCACAGCAACGGCGGCAGUGGCAGCAGGGGCAAUGGCAGCAGGGUCAAUGGGGGAUGCUGGGGCGGCAGGGAGGAGAGCAGGCGCAGGCGCAGGGGGGGGAUCAGGGGGGUGGGGCUCAGGGACUUGGAACGCCGGGGUUUGGCAGGGAGCUAGGGUUCAGAAUGCCAGGGUUCUGGCAGCAGGUGCAGGCGGGAGGAGGGAGGGGAGUGGGAGCAGUGGGAGGAGUGGGAGGGAGAGCAGCCAGGGAAGGAGAGGGGGAGGUGCCUACUGGCCCGCUGCUGAGGCACCUGAGGGAGAGUCUAGGGGAGGGAGAGGGGUGGACCUCCCAGGGGAGCUUCACAGGGGAUGAGGGGGAGGGGGGGAGCAGCGGGUUUGCAACGGGAGAGGAGGAAGCGAACAGGGGUGGUGGGCUGGCGGGGGGAGGGGACAGGAGGGGACGUGAGAGGGAGGGGGGAGGGGAUAGGGAGGAGAGAGGGAGGGAUAGGGAGGAGAGGGAGUGGAGGCGGGGCGUUAGGGGCGGCAGGUGGAGGGAGAGGGAUGUGUUUGUGCUGCGGCUGCUGCAGGGGCGGGAUGGCGGGAGCUCGGGAGGAGGCAGCAGGGGAAGCACAGAGCUGAGAAGAAGAAGGAGGAACAGGAGGAGACGGCAACUGGCACAGGGUGGGGGUGGGGGAGGAGGAGGGCACCAGGGGCUGUUGCUAGGAGGCCGAGGAGGUGGGGGGGGACGGGGAGAAGGGGGAGGGACAAGGCUGAGGCAGAGUCCGCUGCAGUUUUCCCCCAUGAGGCGGGGUGUAAGGGGGCAAGGGGCGGCGGGCAUUGCGAGGGAGCAAGGGGAUAUGGCUAUGGGGAGGGGAGGAGGCAUGGAAGGGCCGGGGGUCUUGGGCGGCGCUUCAGGUGGAAUCGCAGGUGGUGCUUCAGGUGGAAUCGCAGGUGCUGCUUCAGGUGGAAUCGCAGGUGGUGCUUCAGGUGGAGUUGCAGGUGUCGCUUCAGUUGGAACUGCAGCUGGGCCGUCAGGUGGAAUUCGUGGUGGGGCUUCAGGCGUUUUAGGCGGCAGCAGUGGUUUGGGCGGCAGUGGCGUGGGCGGCAGUGGUUUGGGCGGCAGCGGCUUGAACGGCAGCGGUUUGGGCGUGGUAACAGAGCAGGGCACAGACGACCAGCAGAUAGAGCCUGCAGCAGCACCACCUGCUGCAGCGGUGGGAUCUGGCAGCUGGCUCCGGAUGGGGAGUGGAGGGAGUGCGAGGGGACUGAAGGAGAGCAGUGGAGGCACCAGGCUUGAAUUGGGCACAGGGAUGCUCGCGCAUGGAGGGGCGGGGGCAGGGGCAGGGGCAGGGGGAGGGGGCGACACAAAGGGGGGAGCAGCGGCAGGGGAGGGGGCGGCCGAGGAAGGGAUAAGGGGGGUGAGAAGCGGCGUAGGUGGGGGGAGGGGAAGUGGGGGAAUUGGGGGGAAGGAAAGUGGGGCAGCACGGAACUGGAUUGCGCGGUUGAUUGGGCCUCGAUUGGCGCGAGGCAAAGCUGGGGGCGAUAAGGGACAGGGGGGAGAAGGGAGAGAAGGGAGGCGAGGGGAGCAGGGGCUACUAGCAGCACCACCGCAGGCAGAUUUGGCAGAUUUGGCGAGGGGCCGGGAUAUGGUGGCACAAAUGCACCAGGUUGGGGUGGCAACGGACGUAGGAGGGGGCAUUUCGGGGCUAGGAAACGAGAUGGGUCAGCAGCAGCAGCAACAGCAGCGAGAGCAGCAGCAGGAGCAGGAGGAGAGGCCGCAGCAGCAGAAAUUGGGUGCAGAAGCAGCGAGAUACGUAGCUGGUGUGCCUCGAUUCGGCCCGUUCAUGGCAGGGAGGCUUGCAGGAGCGAGAGGGAGGCUUCCCCAGGGGGGAUUGCACAAGAGAAGGGUGGUGGAGGCCGCAGGGUCGUUCGUCCGCGCACCAGCAGCGUCCGACUCCAUGUUUGCUGCUAGUAGGUGUGCUGCCAGUAGGUGUGGGGGCAAGCGAGAGGCGCCAGGCAAGCGGGAAUCGCCAGGUGGGGCGUGGGGCAGGAAGAGGGCGGUCAAACGGCAGAGGAGAGGCGGUGCUGGUGCUGCUGAUGGUGGUGGUGGUGAGGGUGAGAAUGAGGGUGAGGGUGAGGUGAGAAGUGGAUGGCCUAGGGGUGAUGCUGCUGCUGCUGCUGCUGGUUUGGCUGCUGGUGGUGGUACUGCGACUGGCGUUGAUGCUGAUGUGGGUGGCGAUGCUGGUGGUCUUGGUCUCGCUGGUGCUGGUGGUUAUGGUACGGGGCAGUAUGGGGAGGGAGAGGGGGAGCAGGGUGGUUUAGUGGAGAGGGCGUGUUUGAUCGCAAGGGCAGUGGCGAGGAGGGCAGUGUUGGACGAGGAGCAGGAGGGGGCAAGGGACUCGCACUCCAUUGAAGGGGGAUCUGUUGACGAUGUGGAUAUGCUGGAUGGUGCUUAUGAUUUUGGUGCUGCUGCUGAUUUUGGUGCUGCUGCUGAUGGUGCCGAUGUAGCUGCUGCAGCCGUUGCUGCUCAUGGUGGCACUAUGAGUACCGCUGCUGCUCUUGCUACUGCAAGUUUUGCUGCUACCGAUGCUCCUGCUGGUUGCUUUCCUGUUCCUUCUGCUCCUCUUGGUCCUCCGCGCCCAAAGCUACAGCUGCCGCUCCUUCCCUCCGCACCUCCUCCGGUUUCCCCGAAUAUCCCCCCUUUUGCUGAGCCACCUCAACUACCUGCCCCCCUCAAUAGGCCCCCCUCCCCACCUCCCCCGCCCCCCUAUCUAAGGCCUCCCUCCCCUCCUCCUCCUCCUGUCCCCUCUCCUACGCCCCCCUCCGUACCUCCUCUCCCCUCUCCAAAGCCUCCCUCCCCACCUCCUCCUUUCCCUGUUCCCCCUCCUAGGCCUGUAUCGCUCAGCUGGUCCCAGCACUCUGCCAACGUGGCAGCCCUCAGAUCGUGGCUCCACGAUGCUGCCACGUGGCACGAGCUCGUUGGCCAGCAGGAGCGUGAUCUGGGCUUGGCUGGAUGGAAUGAGCGGUUUUGGGUAGAAGGAGAGGAUGAGGAGGAGGAGGGGGGGAAGGAGAGGGAGGAGGGGAAAGAGAAGGAGGAUGAUGGGAGAGAGGAGUGUAGGGCAGAGGAGGGGCAGGAGAAGGAAGGGGAAGAUAAGGGAAAGAGGGAGGGCAUUGAGGAGAUUAGCGAACGGGGGAAGGGAGGGGUGCAGGUGGAUGGAGGAGAAGGAGUGGAAAGAGUGGGGAAGCACAGAGAAGAUGGGGGCAAGAUGUCCCUGGAGGGGCCGCAGUGCAUGUUCUGUGGGGUGUGCGGCCACACGGUGCUGAGUUGCUCUGAGACUCGAGACGAGGAGGAGUUGUCUCUGCUGGUGACUCGGCUCGGGGAUUGGAUUGAGAGGGAAGGAGGGGUGGCGGGAGGAGGAGGGACGGAGGGUGGAGAAGGGCAGGAGGAGAGAGGGAUGGAGGGAGGAAGGGACGAGGAGAGAGGAGGGGAGGAGGGAGGAGUGCAUAGGAGAUGCAGAGAGAAGGGUAAAGUGAGUGAGGAGGAUGGUGGGGGAGAGGAAGAGAGCAUGGGUGCAGAUACUGGGGGGUUGGGGGGAGCGGAGGGGAUUGUAGAGACGAGGCAAGGGGAUGUGAAACGAGAGAAUGGGCCUCGUGUGAUGGACGGCUCGUGGGAACAGAGAGGAGAAGCGCCGUGCUUAUGUCUGUGCUGUGGGGUGGGCGGCCACUGGGCGGCAGACUGCGCAGUGCUGAUGGAUGAGAGGAGCUUGUGCUGCGCCAAGAGCUUUGAGAAUUAUAAGAAAUCUCCCAUUAUGCGUGAGAUAGCGGCUGCCCCCCCCACUCUCCCUGCGCUCCCUUCUCAUCUGCCUGAAAACCUUGGAAUGACUCCAGCUGCCCCGUUUCCUGCUCUGACUCCCACUCUGCCCGAAAUUACUUCUGCUGUUCCUAUCCUUGCUGUCCCUCCAGCUCUGCCUGCUAUGGCUUCCUCUCAGCCCAUUGAUGUCACCGCUGCUGCUGCUUCUCCUGAUGCUCCUGCUGUAGAUGGCUCUGCUGCUGCCGCUGCAGACCGCAAGCAUAUGACAGCAGCAGCAGCAGCAGCUGGCACCACAGCAACAGCGGCAGAAGCAGCAGCAGCCGCAGAAGUAGCAGAAGUAGUGGCAGUAGUGGCAGGUGCCAUUGAUGGUUGCACCACACGUGUGAACCAUCUACCACCAGAGGCAGCUAACACUGCACCUCCUAAUUUCUCUCCUCUCACCCCUCCUCCCCCUCAUACUUCUCCGGCUAACACUGAGGGCUGUACGGACAACCAUGCCCAUGCCCAUGCCAGUGCGGCUGCAGCCACGCAACCAGAGGAAGCUCCCCAUUCCUGCAGCCCUCUUGCUUUGGCAUCAGGUUCGGCACCAGCUCCGGCACCAGUGCCAGGUUUGGCAGCAGCUCCGGUGUAUGACUGGGCACGUCUGCUAGCAGGCAGGCAGCAGGGAGGAGGAGGAGGAGGAGGAGGAGGAGGAGGAGGAGGAGGAGAGGGCAUAAAGACGGGUGGAGGCAAAGCGAGGCUGCCUGCUGCUCUGCUGGAAGCGGUGGAGGGAGCUCGGCUGGCAAGGAGGGACUUGCACAGAACCAUUCAUACCAGGUGGCAGGGGCAGGGGGAGCUAUCAGCGCAGGCAAAUGGGUGCUUCCUGCGACUGAGGCUGGGAAGGAAGGGCGAGGACAUGGGGGGCACGGGGUACUGCAUGGGGCGAAUCACAGCUAUUGCAAGCAUGGGUAACAAGCCACCCGCCGCAGGUGCAGGGGUGGGGGUCUACGGGGGAGAAGCAGGAGUAGCAGCAGCAGCCGGCCCGGAACCAUCUGCAUGUGUGGACUCCUCUUUGCUGCUCGCUCUGGUGGUGGACUUGGGGGAUAGGGAAUACACUGUGGAUGCGCACUUCCUGUCAAACAAGCCAUUUCUCGAGGUGGAGGUUUCUGACUGGUGUGAGAAGAUGUGGCGGCGUGGUGGGAAUGCACUCCUUGACUCAGUGCUGUCGCAUGAGCUCUUACAACGUAAAACACAUGAAAGGAGGCUGUGGAAGUGACACUAUACAGCACAGCACCAUGUUUUUGUAGCAGCAAGUUUUUGUACCACAGUUUUCUGUUACAUAUUAACAGAAUAAACUAGAACAAGUGAGUACAGGGGAGAUAUAGGGUUGGAGUUGUUUGUACCCUCUAAGAACACAAACCUAUCUAGCCUACAAC